AUGCCGCAAUCUCACCAUAGCCAUUCAGGGCAGUUCUGUGGUCAUGCAAAGAAUAACUUGGAAGAGGUGGUUCAAGCAGCAAUUGCUAAAGGCUUCCACAGCUUUGCACUGACCGAGCACAUUCCAAGGGCACUCGUAGACUUCUACCCGGAAGAGACUGAUUCCCACACUGAAGAGAGUCUUGUCACGCUUUUCGACGAUUACUACACUGAGGCUGUUCGGUUACGAGAUAGUUAUUCGAACCAAAUACAGAUUCUGAUCGCUUUCGAAUCCGAAUGGAUACGGCCGUCAUCCCUUGACAUCAUCCAAGACAUCCUACACAAAUACACCUUCGAUUUCUUCAUGGGCUCUAUCCACCAUACCCACACUAUUCCUAUCGACUUUGACCGUGCGAUGUACGAGCAAGCUCGAGUCAAAGCAGGUGGCACAGACGAGAAGCUCUUCGAAGACUACUUCGAUGAGCAGUAUGAUAUGCUGCAAGCACUUCGGCCGCCUGUCGUGGGUCACUUCGACCUCAUACGCCUCUUUAGCGAUCACAAAGAUACCGCGUUCGAAGGCAUGGACGGCGUGUGGAAUAAGAUGAAACGCAACCUUCAGUACAUCGCUUCUUAUGGCGGGUUACUGGAGUUCAAUUCCGCCGGGCUGCGCAAAGGCUUGGCCGAGCCGUAUCCUUGCCUGCCUGUCACGAAGAUGUUUUCAAGCAUGGGAGGUGGCUUUGUCUUGUCUGACGACAGCCACGGCAUCGAGCAAAUUGGUACAAACUAUCCACGCCUAUUGGAAUAUAUUCAAAGGACCGGAGUCGAGAAGAUACACUUUGCCACCAGAGGCUGUGGAUACCGGUUAGAUAGCCGCUUCCCCAGUGCAGGCUUCUCCACCAUCGCCGUGGCCGCACUGGCAGAAUUACCUUUCUGGUCGAAACUACCAUAG